AUGAGCGACGAUGCCUCGCCGAGCUCUACGGCGCCGAACGAUGCUUCUCUGGCCGAGCCCGCCAACGCCUCGUCUGGCAGCCGCGUCACAUGGGAUCUGCCACGCGAGCAGUCGGGUUCGACUCGGGCUCGCGCUCAGUCACAGUCUCAGCGUCGCAAAAAGAAAAAGAAUAGAAAGAAACGCAAUCCCGGUUUAGCGAGGAAGUUGGAGUUUGUCACACAUUUGCUCAAGAGUCUUGAUACCCUGGUUUUUGCGGAGUUAAGUGCGUUAUACUACAUGGAAUGCUCAAUGUUUCGAUUCAUUCUCAGGUCUGUUGGCCAGUACUUGUAUCUCACGCCAAAGGACGAAUCCUUCCCUUUCCUAAUGCCUGCGAGUCCUAUACAUGUCUGUCUGGUUCUCAUCCCCAAUAUCAUCUGCAUACUUCUACAUGUUUUGGUCUCGUUACCAGUCGGGCCAGACUUCCACCGAGGCUACAUGCAUGGCGGCUUGGUCGUUGACUUUAUAGGUCAAAAGCCUCCAACUUCUCGUUUUUACUAUGUUUUGGCAGAUGUGGUGAUACUUGCCGUUCAAUGUUUGAUGUUGACGGUGCACACUGAGCGAGAGAGACUUCGAGUGAUCCUCAAGACCUUCAGACCCAUGGUGCCAGACAUGGCCCAGGAAACGACUCCCACGAUAGAAGACUUGGACGCUGAAGAACGUGGGGUAUCUAGGGAUAUGGCCGGCACAUUACCAGUCGACGAGGAGGAAGGCAUUGAAUUGCAACCCCUGAAUCGUGUCAGUACAACUGAAGAAGGCAACUCGACUUCGGGAGAGUCAGAGCCAUCUGCUCGAGAGCAGUCUGCCGAUGAACCUACGAGAUCGAAUCUGUCCGACGUCUUGAGUUCUGGAAAUGCCGUCAUUGGCGAGUAUCAUGUUCUUCACUCGCUUCAUAAUGCGGCAUUGAACAUAGAAAGAACAGCUGCAUAUUCUCUACGCACAAUUGGCUACGGGGCAACCAUGGCUUCCAUUGAAGCGAGAAGGCGAGCCACCCUCAAUGUGCCAGCGCGAGCGGCCCAAAACGAUAGAUAG